CUGCCGCCGAUAAGGGGCAGCCUGGGGCAAGGGGGUCAGGGCCAGCCCAGGGCAGAGGGUCAGGGGCAGCCCGCGGCGCCGGGUAGAAGGCAGCCCCGGAGGGUGGGCGCGCAGAGCGCGCCGGGACCUAAGCGCGCCCCGAAGGGAGGCGGGCCCGGCGGCGGGGCGGAGCCCUUAUAAGGACCUCGCCCCGGGCCGGCAGCGCACAGAGUCGGUACGGCCACAGCCCCGGAGCUCGAGCGCCAUGAGGACCCCCGGAGAAGUGCUACGCGAGGGCGAGCUGGAGAAACGCAGCGACAGCCUGUUCCAGCUGUGGAAGAAGAAGCGCGGGGUGCUCACCACCGACCGCCUGCGCCUCUUCCCCGCCGGGCCCGGGGCGCGCGCCAAGGAGCUGCGCUUCCACUCCAUCCUCAAAGUGGACUGCGUGGAGCGCACCGGCAAGUACGUGUACUUCACCAUCGUCACCACCGACCGCAAGGAGAUCGACUUCCGCUGCGCCGGGGAGAGCUGCUGGAACGCGGCCAUCACCUUGGCACUCAUCGACUUCCAGAACCGUCGGGCCCUGGAAGACUUCCGCAGCCGGCAGGAGCGCCCCGCCACCGACGCGGAGCCGGAGAACCGCGCUGCCCGGGGUCCCUAAGCCUCGAGCCACACACCAGACCGCUUGGCUGCCGCAGGCAGGAGCCCGUGGGAUGCCCAGAACCGCGGGAGCCCAGGUGGGCGCUCACCUGCCGACCCCCCGCGGACCAGGAGGCCGCUGACCAUCCCCAUCGAAGAUCCUACUGUUUGCGGAGCCUCGCCCCGCUGUGCUGGGGCGUUAACUUAUUGGACUAUCUACAUAUUUAUUUUGACGGUUAUUUGUCGUCAAAUGGUUCUGUCUUAAUAUUUUGUUUUUACACCAGUUUCACCAUUCCAAAUAAAUGAUA